UUUAUUUUCAUCUUACGUCCAAUUACACUAGUUUAAAAAUUGGCCUGCAUCCCGAGGGGUUGUUCAGGGAGGUCCGCACCCCUGUCCGGCUGCGUUUUUACUUUCUUUUUCUCCCUCGGUGCUUUCCACGGUGGUGGAUCUCGGCUUAGGAACCAUGAACUGCAAAUUAGAUGUUCCUCUUCAUGGGGAUGCUGUCAGCAUUGUCAAGCAAAACAGAAAGGUGUUGUGUGAUGUCCUUCAAAGCAAAUUUGGAUGUGUUGCAGUCCUUGAGGGUUUUGAUUCUGAUGAUGAGUUCAGUAUGGCACUGCAGAAAAAGGCCCUUUCUGAAGACCAGCCAAGGUUUGCUGUUAAGCUGCCCUCAGGUGUUCAGGUGUCUGUGUGGAAGUCAGAUCUUACCAUUUUCAAGGCGGAUGCUGUUGUGAAUGCUGCCAAUUCCCAGCUUCAGCACUAUGGUGGGCUUGCAUUAGCUCUGUCUGAAGCUGGAGGUUCAACAAUUCAGAAGGAGAGCGAGGAUUACAUCAAAAAGAAAGGUGAAUUGAAAACAGGAGAUGCAAUUGUUGCUGAUCCUGGAUUGUUGCCAUACAAGUGCAUUAUUCAUGCUGUUGGCCCCAGAGUGCCAUAUUCCUCAACACCCAAUUUGUCCCAGGCUGAACCGCUGUUGAAAAAUACCAUCUGGAGCAUUCUUGAUAGAGUGACACAGCACCGUCUGCAGUCUGUUGCCAUUCCUGCCAUAAGCUCUGGGAUUUACAGCUACCCUCUACCAGAGUGUGCAAAUACCAUAGUGUCAACAGUGAAAAACUACUGUCAGAAAUACUCUGCCAAACAUCUUCCAGAUGAGAUCUUCCUGGUCAACCAUGAUGAGCCUACAGUCCAGGAGAUGCACAGGGCCUGCCAUCAUAUAUUAGCCCCUCACUUGCCCAUGAGUUAUAGUCAGGCUGCAGGAAGUAAAAGUGGAGCCCAGACCAGAACUUCUACACUCUCUCUCAAGAUUGGAGAAAUUAAUCUGAUGCUGAAGAAGGGAAACAUUGAGGAUGAGAGGACUGACGUCAUCGUAAACACUGCAUCACAAGAUAAAAAUUUGAGCAUGGGUGCCAUUUCCAGUGCUUUACUGAGCAAGGCUGGUUUUGGAAUGCAAGACGAAAUACGCCGAGCACCUCAAACUGGACCUAUCACCAUCACAGAUGCCUACAACCUGGGCUGUAAGAAGGUUUUUCAUACUUUCUGCAGUGACAAGAGGGGACAUCAAUGGCAAUUAUCUUGGCAUGAGGUUCUCUUAAAAUCUGUAAGUGAAUGCCUGUGGAUGGCAGUCACAAAUAAACACAAGUCAAUCGCUUUCCCUGCCAUUGGAACUGGAAACCUUGGAUUUGACAAAAAAGAAGUUGCAGAGAUCAUCACAACUGCAGUGUUUGACUUUGCCCAAAAGUCCGCAUCUGCACUGGAUGUUCAUGUUGUCAUAUUUCCUUCUGAUAACAGCACUUUUCAGGCAUUUGAAGAACAGAUAAAAAAGCUCAAAGAAAAAAUGUCUCAUCCCAGCUUCAAAGUUGCAUUUUACAAUGGAAGUAAUUCCCAUGGCGUAAGGGCUCCAUCUCCACAGAUAAGCCUGACUGGCCCCUCUGAUGAAGCAACACGCGAGGCUGAUCGAUGGCUCCAGAACCUUCUCUUUGAAGCCCCUGCUGUUGUCCCUAUCCACAACAACUUCAUCUUGCACUUCGGGGAGCAAGAGCAGCGGCAGCUCUCCGACCUGACCAAAAGCGGCGUCUCCAUCGAGGAAUAUUUUGCAAAUGGCCGUGCGAGAAUAAUUGUGAGGGGGGAUUCAAAGAAAGAUGUUGCCGUUGCCAGGCUGCGGGUGGAGGCUAUUCUCUGCAAAAUACAUGAGGAGUUUGCAAGAGAUGAAGAGCGGGAAAUAUUCCAGCAGUUGACAAAGAAUGUGUCUUCUCGAAGAGAGACGAUGCACGCCUUAUCCACAGAGACACAAUACAGACAUUCUGUCUUCAAAGAUCUUUGGAUAUCAAAGGUGGAAAAACUGGAGAACACAGCACUGGAGAUGCUCUUUGACCUCAAGAAAAAACAGCUCAACUGCUCCACUACUCACACAAUGUUUCAGUGCAUGCCAGCACAGUUCCUUGACUUAGUCAGCCGUGUUGGAUUCCAUACAGAGUUUGCUCCGCCUAAAGAUCCAAUGUAUGGAGAGGGCAUCUACUUUGCACGCACAGUGAAAAAGGCCAUGGAAACAUGGAAGGGACAGAUGAAGAAUGAAGAAUACAUCUACUUUGUGGAGGCUGAAGUGCUGAUGGGAUCCUUUACGCCUGGUAAACCAGGUCUCAUUCUGCCACAUGCUGGGGGAGCAGAUCCCCACAAGCUGUACGACAGUGUGAGCGGAGGAUCCGAUAUCUCUGUCAUAUUCAGUGGGUAUCAAGCUCUGCCCAGGUACAUCAUCACCUGUCAGAGACCAAAGACGUCGUAAUGGUGCAGCUGUGUAAGACAUAUUUGAACAAAACUAAAUGUUUUUUUUCUCAAAGGGUAAUUUGAACUAAUCAAGAACUACCAGACAUUCUGGGGUAUCUCUUUAAAACUAUCGGAAAUAUUUUUGCUGGAGAAUCUUUUUUUCAAAGUUAAUGUUGUGUAACUGCAAGGUGAAAAAUAUGUUUUAAGUUUUUUUUAUCUGAAUAUAUCUUUGUUUCUUUUGUGUUAUUAAUAUGUAUUUGAAGUAGCUAGUGGUGGUAGUGUAUUUUUGGCAGCACAGUGAAUGAAAACACUGUUCAAGUACAUGUGAUCACACAUAAUACUAAAGUUAGUUUUUGCAGUAAUAGCAAUUUUUCAUUUAAUUCUGUAGACAAUAGGUAUGGGAAGUAAUUAGACAAACACUCGAUUGUAACUAUUAUACAACAAAUAAAGUCAACAAAAGUUGAA